CGAAGAGAGGGAUACAGUUAAAGUGUCAGUUCGAAGGCGCGUGUAAAAGGCACUGUUGGGGUGAUUAAUUUCAAAGAUGUAAUAGUGAAUCUCUUGCUGUACCGCAAAAUGAAAUAAGAACUAACAGCAGAGAUUUACGGAAGGCUGGAACUGGGUGGAGAGUGGGAAGGUGUGAGCCAUUCAUUACACCCUGUCCAAUCCUAUGCACGUUUACUCAGAAAGAAAGCCCGCUAAAUUCAGUGGGAUUUGCGUCUUAAGGGAUCACCAACCUUUUGGGGCCGGUGAGCACAUACGGAAUUUUGAGAGAGUAUUAUGGGCACCACCCCUUCUGGUUGUUUCUCUCUACUAUUCGCGGCCAGUCUCCCCCGCAACCCCAGAUAGCCAGAAAGAAACCCAUGUGCACAUUUUGCUCUUCAAAGGGGUUUAGGUGAAUUAUGAUUUGAUGGUUUGAAGGGAUCUCUUGUAGAAAUCAGGAGGAAUCAUAAAGAUCUGUGCCUCAGAUUGUCUUGGGCCAUGGGAACACCGGAAGCACUGGCAGAACUCUUUGAGAUGGGCUCGUCCACAAAUGUGGCAGCCAGGUACCAGUCUUCAGAGCCUGUGUUUGGAGCAGUGGCUGCCGGAGUUAUCCAAGAUGCUUUGCGUCACAUGGCCAAGGAGAAUGAGCAGUAUUUGAGUGGUGUGUGUAAUGAAACAGGCUGCUUUAAAGAGACAUGGAUAGUGGAAUUUGUGUUUCUUUUAUCUGAAAAAUGGAGCCUAACUGAAUCGGCACGAUACCAAGCAAUAGAAAUCUUUGAAAGGUUCAUGCUUACACUCAUUAAAGAGUUGUCUAAUUUUACCAGAGCAAAGGGGGAAGACAGCAACUGGGCCUCAAUGAAACAGCAAAUCGAGAGCACCUAUGUGCUGCAUCUAGUCUCUUGCAUCCAGCUUGCCAGCAAGCUCUCCUUCCAUUAUAGCAUAGUUAGCAACAACAUGGUUCUGAGGUUUCUGAAGUCUUUAGGUUUCUCCUAUACCACAGAAGAACUGCUGGAAUCCGAACUGGCUAUUUUGAAGGCUCUGCAUUUCCAAAUCAAUGUUCCAGCCCCUUCUGCUUAUAUUGAAAUGCUCCUGGAGGUUUUAGGGUACAAUGGCUACUUGCUUCCCACAAAACAGCUGCUUGAAAUGUGCAGACACUUGCUGGGUUUAACAUACCUCCUGCGGAGCAGCAUUUAUGACACCUUGCUGAAGUCUUCAAUUAAAAACGCCUCUCCAAGUGAGCUCCAGCUGGCCAAGUUUGUGCCAGUGAAAGAAGAUCUCAUGCUAUUGGCUGUGGGAGUCAUUGGGGCAAGCUCUUUCCUUCUGAAUCCUGAGGGCUGGAAUCAGGUUUUGAAGUACCUCAGCGACACCACAGGCAUCAGUCAGCAAAGCAUUGUUGAGGCGGUCUGUUCAAUUCUGAAGCACAGCAUUGGUAGUGCUAUGGAUGACUGCUAAUUUCUUCAUCACCACCUCUCUGCAGCUGGGGGUCCUGCCCUCCAAGCAUCACUGCUGUACUUCAUAUGCAUGUGGGGCUCUUAAAAGAGAUGGUUGCGGUCCAAAGCAACAAGGUUCCCAGUUACAGUUUAAAUGUUAAUGCUUACUUCACAGACUUUUUUUUUUGUUACCUUAACCCUCUGAGAAGGGACAGGGUAGGCACUUAAAUAAAAGAACCCUCUCCCUGCCUCAGGCCUACAACUAGGUGUUCAGGUCCAUUUCUAAUGGGGCUUGCAUAGUCACAAUACUGGUGAAGAAUUAUGGCUGAUGGGGGCAAACACUAGAUGUGUGUAUUGCUGAGAUAGAUGUUACUUCCGAAGGCCUUCAUAGAGACAGAAAUCUCAGUGUAGAUGGAUGAACUCAUUCAUAAGGGAGCAAGAAAUAUUAAAGGCGUCUGUGUCUGUCCAUGAUGAAUAAAGAUGCUGUUCUUCCAGAAUACAAACGGCUUUUAUUCUUAUGUUUCCUACGGCAAAUUGGUGUAAUAAACAAACCAUAAUACUAAUAAUCUUAUAGCUUAGUAAAGUCACUACUGCAGUCUGAGAGAGCUUCAGCAGGCCACCUUCUGUUUUAAGUGAGCCCACCCUAAUAUCCAAUACACAGCCACUUCUUUUGCCAACAGCAGAAGUGGGCUUUGUUCUGAUAAAAAUUCAACCAUGCCAUCUUGCUUCAUAUUACUUGACAAUGAAAUAUUAAGACAAAGUAUUUUGUACUUUUUUUGGUCUUGUAAGGUGAUGUACUGAUGACGCAGGCCAAGUACUGUCUUUGGCAUCUUUGAAACAAACUGCAAACAUGUUACAGGAUAGAUUCCUUCUCUUUUAGAAAGGUCAUUUGUUGUAGAACUGGGAAGAGACCCAGGCUAGACCCCACUUCAGAUUUGUCAGCAUGAAUUUGAGUGCUUUUGUCCACUGCUCCUCCGAAUUAAACUGUGUCUUUAUGGAGUAGGACCCACCACUUCCACCUGUGUCUUCAAUCUUGCCCUUCUCCACAUCCAUUCUGCAUUAGAUAAACACAGAUGCUUAUCAGACUCCCAAACUGAAACCGCUGGCAGCUGGUCUUGGGGCACCUCCCAAAGACCUUGAAUUUGUCAACAGAGUAGGUUCCCCUUUUUCUAUAACAUUCUAAUUUAUUAAUUGUAAAAUGCAAGGGUUAUGUCAAGGCCCUUGCUGUGACAACAGCCCUGUUUUCCCCAUUUUGACCACAUUGUUUAUUUCAGAAAAAGUAACCACAGCAGGCUUGACUGGAAGGCAACACCAGGACACCUGCUCUUGCGACUUUAGGCAGGGAUGGGCUUACUUUUAGAGGAGUAUCUUGGCCUGGCUGACAAUACUUUAAUGAUGCUGCAGGAGGUGCAGGUGCCUGCUUAACCGUAGAACAGGUAGAUUCAAAACAGGGUUAAACAGACAAAAUGGAGUUCCUUUAGCAGCAGAGUACUUCAUUGGUCAGAAGAAGCUGCCCCAGCCAAAACAUCUCUUAUUAAAAACCCAGGAACCCAACGUCACAGCUUCAGAGGCCUUCUAAACGGGAGUCAUUGUAGGUAGAAGAGACACGUAAUGUUUAACUAUCUCUCUUACAAGUUGGUGCAAUCAUACUUGAGGGUUUGCUUAGGGCAGUAAUUUUGCAAACUCCCAGAAACUGUAUGAACAGAUCAAGCAAAAGCCAUACCAAGAAAAAGCAAGAAAUGCUGUAAGUGACUUGGGCUAUCAUUAGUCUGUGCCCAUCUUGCUUCCUAAAUAAAUAAAACCCAGUAUGCCAACAGUUCUGUAACAUCCUUUAAAGCCAGAUGAAUUAUCUUACUAGGUUACACUAAAGGACCAUCUGCUCCUGCACUGUUUCCAACAAUGGCCAAAUCAAAUACCCAAGGCAGGCCUGAAGCCCUGCAGAUAUUAUUUGAACUACAACUCCUAUCAUCCCUGACCAUUGCCCAUGCUGGUUAGGGCUGAUGGGAGUUGAGUCCAACAACACUGGAAAGCGACAGGUUCCUCAUCCUAGGGCAGCUCACAGCUUGGGGAAUGCCCUUCCCAGGGAGAUAUGCCUGGUAGCAUCAUUAUCUAAUUUUAGGUGCCAAGCGAAAAUCUUCCUUUCUACCUGGACUUUGGGCCCUUAAUUUGAAGGACUUUUGGUAUCAACGGCCUCUUUUAACGUGGCAGGUCUUGCAACACCUCUCUUUAUUUGUACUGAUCUGUUUUUAGGUUGUCUUGCGUUUGUUGUUUUAAAGGGUUUGUUAUAAUUGGUUUUAAUCUUAUUGUUGUAAGUUGCUUUGUGUUGCUUU